CGCUUCCCUGGUUGUCAUGGGAACCGGCGUGUUUCCGUAACGCGUCGGGCCUGCGAGUCUAAUCCCAAUAUGGCGGCCUGAGAACAGAGAGAACGAUCAGCAGAGACCGGAGGAGGCCGCGGGAUAUAGAGAUUUGUCGGCUACACUACACGGGGUUUUGAGUCGCUCCUUUCUUCAAAGUACUUGUUUACAAAAUGGCUACAGGGGGAGGAACACCUGAGGAGGGCGUUACGGAUCAAGAUCUGCCUAACUGGAGUCAUGAAUCUUUGGAGGACAGACUGAAUAAUAUGGACUGGAGUGGACAGAAGAAAGCUAACCGAUCAUCUGAGAAAAACAAAAAGAAGUUUGGUAUGGAGUGUGAGGCACGACUCACAAAUGACAUCUCUCCUGGGUCGUCUCCUGGUGUUGGUCGCAGGAGGACCAGAACACCACAUACUUAUCCACAUACUAGAUACAUAUCCCAAAUGUCUGUCCCAGAACAGGCAGAAUUGGAAAGACUCAAGCAGAAAAUCAAUUUUGGGGAUUUGGACCAGAGGAGCAUUGGGAGUGAUUCCCAAGGCAGAGCAACGGCAGCAAAUAAUAAACGCCAGCUUUCUGAGAACCAAAAGCCUUUCAACUUUCUACCACUUCAGCUGAAUACUAAUAAAGACAAGGCUACCACACCGAGCCCUCCAAAAAGAGAAACCAGUUUGUCGUCAUUGCCCAAAGACUUCCUAACUUCUGCCUACGCUAAAGAUUUGGGGCAAAAUUUUCAGGCAUCUUUGUCCGAUGAUGUGAGAGAAGAGGCUGCCAUUGACAGUAGUCAGGUUGUGAGUAGACUUGUACAGAUUCGCAACUAUAUCUCUAAGGCCAGUUCUAUGAGAGAUGACCUUGUUGAGAAAAAUGAAAGGUCUACAAAUGUGGAACGCUUGUCAAACUUAAUUGGCCAUCUAAAAGCCCAGGAAAAGUGUUGCCUUACAUUUCUUCAAAAAAUGCUUACUAGUGAAAAUGAGGAGGAUACCCGCACUAUAGAUUCAGCAAUGGGAUCAGGUUCUUUAGCUGAGAGCACAUCACUAAACGUUGAUGUGCAGUCUGAGGCUUCAGAUACCACGGAGAUAUCUCAUAGUCGGCCCUGCAUUGAAGACAAUCUAGACAGCUUACAAAUGAAAGUUACAGAAUUCAGCAUCUCUACCUCUUCUCAAAGUAAGGGUGGAAGCCCAGCUGUCAGUGACAGGGAACUGCGGCCACAUAGCAUUCACCUUCUGCAGUACGAAUUACAGUCACAGGCAUUAGAUCCUCAACAAGAGGCCAAAGAAGAAUUAAAAAAUAUGAAAAAACAACAUGCGUUGCUGACAAGGAUCCUUCAACAGCAGGAGCAGCUCAGGGCCUUAAAGGGAAGGCAGACAGCUCUUCUUGCCUUACAACACAAGACCGAACAAGCAAUCUCUGUGAUGGAUGACUCUGUCUUUGAAGUUGUUACAGAGACAACUGGCAGUGUGUCUGGACUGAGCCUAACAUCAGAGCUGAAUGAAGAAUUGAAUGAACUUAUCCAGCGUUUCCAUAACCAGCUGCAUGAUGUUCAGAGUCCUCCAGUACCAGAUAAUAGAAGACAAGCAGAGAGCCUCUCCCUUACAAGAGAGGUUUCUCGAAGUUUAAACUCAUCCAUUUCUGAACCAGUUUUAGAGGACAGAACUCCACUCUUUAGUAAAGUUGGAGUACUGUUGGAAAAGAAACAGAAAAUGGAUUCAAUUUUGGGAGAACUCCACACACUACAGGAUCACCAUUUAAAUAACACUGCAUGUUCCCCUCAAAGGGGUGUGGAUCAAAGGAGCGUAAGUUCAACUGCUUCUGCUCCACAGACCUCUGACAAUAGAGCAGCAAACAGCCCUGCAGCAUUUGCUGCUUUCCCUUCUGCUAACUCUAUGAAUGAUAGUGAAGAUGAAGAAAAUCAAAAUCCAGCAGAAAAGCUGAAAAAACUGAAAGAAGUUCGGAAAAGGCUUAAUGAGCUGCGUGACCUUGUCCGCUAUUAUGAGCAAACAUCUGAUAUGAUGACAGACGCUAUAAAUGAAAACACUAAAGAUGAGGAUGAGGAGGAAACUGAAGACUCCUGGAUUGAAUCAGACCAGGAAGUGAACCAACCAGUUAUAAACAUCAGGAAUCCACAACGUUUGAGUAGCUGGGGACCAGUGAAUAGCAUUUCUAACUCGCAUUGUGGAAAUAAUAACAGGGAUGAAAGGCCACUCAAUACCGACUGUGAAAUAAACAACAGAUCUUCAGUUAAUUUAAGAACCUUCAAUGUGUCCUCUGCAUUAGAAUGCCUGUACAAUAGGGGAUCUAGAGAUGAAGAGCAACAUCGCAAUGUUGAUCUGAAUGAUGCCGAUGAAGAUGCCGAUGAUGCAGAUGACGAUGCAGAUGAUGACGCAGAUGACGACCAAGAGAGUGUGGUUUCUCUAUCAAGUCGGAGCAGCGCCACUGAAGAUGCCCAAACUAUUGAAUAUGAGGAAAAAUUCAACCGUCUUGUAGCAGCCAAACACAAACUUAAACAACUUCAGGAUCUUAUUGCAAUGUAUGAUGGUGAUACAGAGUCCGAAACAAUGCCAGCUGAGAGAUCUGCCAGUGGAGAUCAUUCCUUACCGGAGGAAGCAAGCCCUAAACAGCAACCAAAUAACACACAGCCCAAUGUGUCUAAAACACCAAAGGAUGUAGCGCUUAAAGAACAAGCAAGGGAGAAAUUUUAUGAAUCUAAGCUACAGCAACAGCAGAAGGAACUAAAGCAGUUACAGGAAGAAAGGAAAAAGCUUAUUGAAAUACAAGAAAAAAUUCAAACUUUAAGAAAGGCAUGCCCUGAUCUACAGUUGUCAUCCAGUUUUAAGUCGGACCCAACAACCAGGAAUUUACCAACUGCUUCUUCUACGUCAGAAGUUAAUGUAAGCAAUGCUGCAGCCGUUCCGAACAUGCCAGACCCUGAAGACUCCUCGUCGGUGGAUAAUGAGGUAUGGUCAGAGAUUCGCUGGAACCAGAUUUUAAGGGAAGAUUUACGACAAAGAAGGAAGCAGCUGGAGUCUUUGAUGGCUGAACAUCAGCGGAGACAAGGACAAGAGAUCACGUCUGCUGCCUCCCUAAGAAGUGAUGACUCUGAAACUCAAGGCCUUCAUCAUCAAAGCAGAACUGAAAAAACUAUGGCCACUUGGGGAGGGUCCACCCAGUGUGCCCUGGAUGAGGAAGAUGAAGAUGAUGGCUGCAUUUCAGAUAUAAAUCAGGUGGAAGAUGAGGAUGAGGAUGAGGAAGAGGAAGAGCAGGAGGAAACAUUCCAGGAAAAUGUCACAUAUCUUAAAAGCAGUAUCAAUCGGAGUGCCUGCACUGGAGAGAACAGUAAACAGGGUUGGAAAGACCAGCACCCAUCCGCAGUUGAUGGCAAUUAUAGGCCCUCUCCCGGAACAAGACAGCAGCAAAAUAUUAGCAUGCGGAGGCAAGAAAACCUACGAUGGGUGUCUGAGCUUUCUCAGGUGGAGGAGAAACAUCUUUGGCAGGAGCAAAUAGACCAGAUAAAGAAGCAGCUGGAUUUCAGCACGAACAUGUGUCAGACUUUAAUGAGGGAUCAACAGUCUCUUCACUACCUCCUACAAAGCAUGUUUACAAACCCAUACAACAUGAUGCCUAGUAACUUGGGAACGUCACAAGCUCACCUCCUCAUGCACCAGCUGAACCAAUGUUAUACUCAGCUUAACUGGCAGCAGAGCAAUGUUCUCAGGCUUAAACAUAUGCUGAGUGAUGUAAUGCAGCAGCAGCAGGAGCCCAUGCAGCAGAACAGCCAGCAGAGGAAGCCUCAAGAGAGCAGUGCAGCACCCCCUGGGUCUCCUAAUGUGUUUGAUCAGUUUGGCUUCCUCCCACCACCCAUGAACAUUUUCAGCAUGCCUCCUUUUGGAAGCUUCCCCAAUAUGGUGCCAGGUGUGAACUUUAAUCCAGUCUUUCAGCCUGGAAUGGGGGAAUUCACUCGGGCUUCUAACUUUCAUACUGAUGUGCCCCUUCAAUCUCAAGAUCCAAACACUUCAGGGAAAACCGAGUACAUGGCUUUUCCAAAGCCAUUUGAAAGUAAUUCAUCAACUGCAGGGGACAGACAGAGCACUGCUUCUAAAGUAGCUGAGGGGGAACAUAAUAGGGGUAUCCAGUCAGAAAGCCAAAGUAAGGAUGAAGAGAAGAAGCCCUCCAGUAUGGAUGCUCCUCGUUCAGCAUCAGGAUGCUCUUUCAGGCAAUCAGAAGCAGCGUGCAGAGUGAAGCAGUUUGAUGAAGAAUCCAUGGACAGUUUAAGCAGCAUGCCUGAUCCGGUGGAUCCAACAACGGUUACUAAAACGUUCAAAUCUUUAAAAGCGUCAGCCCAAGCCAGCCUGGCUUCAAAAGACAAAACCCCAAAAAACAAAAAUAAGAAAAGAAAGAUUUCUCAUCAGAAAAACAGAGGACUAAAGAAUCUUGAACUCCAAAGUGCCAGCGCCUCCAGCAUCACUGAACCUAAGGAGAGCAGCAGCAAGCAUGCCCAGACUGAGGAAACUGGUGCAGGUAAACCCAUUACUUCUGAGCACUUGCAAAGACUUAGAAGGGACAGUAAAGCUGCAGACAUUUCUUCAGAAGCUGGUAGUGACUUCUCUAUGUUUGAAGCUUUGCGCGACACCAUUUACUCAGAAGUAGCCACGCUCAUCUCACAGAAUGAAUGCCGUCCACAUUUUCUUAUUGAGCUCUUCCAUGAGCUGCAGCUUCUGAACUCGGAUUACUUGAGACAAAGGGCUCUUUUUGCUUUACAGGAUAUUGUAACCAGGCGUGUGACUGAAAAUUUAGAAAGGAAACCUGACUGCUCCAAGCCUCUGGAUUCAGCGGGGUGGAUGGCAUCCAACUCUGAACUUACACCAAGUGAAAGUCUAGCUACAACGGAUGAUGAAAUGUAUGCAAAAAACUCUAACAGCCAAGCUUGCAAUGAUGGUGAGAAAAAUGAUGCAGAUAACAUUAGCAGUUUGUCAACUUCUUCCCUUUUUGAGCCUUUUGCAACAGAUGACCUGGGGAACACUGUGAUUCAUUUAGAUCAAGCACUGGCCAGGAUGAGGGAGUAUGAGCGCAUGAAAAUUGAGGCUGAAAAUUGCUUAGAUGCUGAAUGCUGCAGUAAGCUUAACAAUGCUGCUUCUAAUAUAGAAGGCUCCAAUGAUGAAGAAGAACACAGUAAACUGUGCAGUGAUGAUGGGUCUGCAGUCGCCUGUCCACGUAUUGAUACUCAGCAGCUGGACCGACAGAUCAAGGCAAUUAUGAAGGAAGUCAUCCCAUUCCUAAAGGAGCAUAUGGAGGAGGUCUGUUCUUCUCACCUUCUGACCUCCAUCAGAAGAAUGGUCCUCACUCUAACUCAGCAAAACGAUGAAAGCAAAGAAUUUGUGAAGUUCUUUCACAAGCAGCUGGGCAGCAUAUUGCAGGAUUCUCUGGAAAAGUUUAGCAGCAAAAAGUUGAAGGACUGUGGAGAAGAUCUCCUUGUUGAAAUAUCUGAAGUCUUGUUCAACGAGUUGGCUUUCUUCAGGCUGAUGCAAGACCUGGACAAUAACAGCAGCUCAGUGCAAAGUAGAGGGCAGCAUAAAGCAAACACCGAUGUUUUGCAAUCUUUCACCAAGAAGGCACGAAUAUUGUUGGAUGGAGUAGAAAGCUCUGACACCCGAGAGAGUGAUGAUGAAGACAAGGACAAGGAUGAAACGGAGAUCGUAUCAAAGUCACAAAACAAAUGUAUUGAUGUGUCUGAAGCUCACAGUGGGAGAUCUGACAUUUCAGAGGAAGAAGAUGGAAAUGAGAACAUUCCUGUGUCCAUCAGUUUAUCCAAAGCAGAAACACAAGCAUUGACUAACUAUGGAAGUGGAGAAGAUGAGAAUGAGGAGGAAGAAGAGAAUUAUGAGUUUGAAGCUCGCCCAGUGGAUGUACAGACAUCACUGGAAGCCAAUGCUGAAACCACUGAUGAAAAUGAAAAGGAACAGAUUUUGAAAAAUCCUAUCAAUGAAAUUGAAACAGAGGGUGAAUACACAGCAGAACUAUGCAUACAAGAAGCAGAAGAUGUACAUAAGGUAGAGGAGGGACAGAAUCAACCUAAUAUCUCAGCUGCCACUGUAUCCGAUUCCCUGAAUUUAAGCAAAGAUGGUGAUUUGUCAGCAUCAGUGGACAUAGAUACCAAGUCAAGUCUGGCAUCAGCUGAGAGCUCUGGACCUGGCAGUCCUGCCACUGACUCCCCUGUGUUAGUUAAUGAUUAUGAAACUGGCUCUGGAAACUUGAGUCAGAAGUCUGAUGAAGAUGACUUUGUGAAACUUGAGGAUCUGCCUCUUAAACUUGCUUUACCUAAGGCAGAACUGAUAGCUGAGAUGGAAAAAGAGCAACUAAACAAUAAUCUCUGUGAUGAAAUUUUAAAUGGAGAAGGACCUGGUGCUGAUUUUCUUGCGGGAGAUGCUUUAUCACUGAAAGAGCCAGAAAGUUAUGGAGCUCAUUCUGGAUGAAUCUAAAAGCAAAAUCCACAAGACAGAAUUUCAGAGUUUUUAAAUCUGCACUAUACCUUGAGUUUGUAAUAAAAUGUUAGGACACUGCCGUUAAGGUCCUGUUAAGAAAAGAAAAAAAAGAAACUGUCUUUGGCAGCACUGUUGUUGGAAACCACGGUUUAUCCAAGAGUACAAACACUGUUCUUUACGUUCUCCUAAUCAUUCUUUGUAUGACUUUUUGUAAAUUCUGAAUUGUUAGACGUUCUAAAUAAAGUUUUGCUUGUUGUAUAGUU